UGUCUGAAGCGUGCCAUUCAUUUGUUACGGUUAGUGUGAUUUUCUGUCAUCUAGUGUUUGUAAACACUGGUUUUAGAUGGUUUCAGUUUUAAAUUGAUAUUUAACCAAAAGUAUAAUCAUGAAUGUUAUAACUGCGAUAAAAUUAUACGUAAAUAAAAUGAUAGAUGAUUGUGGAAGUGGCAUGAAAGUUUUAUUAAUGGACAAAGAAACGACUAGCAUUGUGAGUAUGGCUUUUGCACAGUCCGAAAUACUUCAGAAAGAAGUUUUCCUGUUUGAAAGAUUGGAUAUGGCAAGAAGUGAACACAUGAAGCACUUGAAGUGUAUUGCUUUUUUAAGGCCAACCAAAGAAAACAUUGACAAUCUAGCCUGUGAGUUGAAAUACCCAAGAUAUGGACAGUAUUAUAUCUAUUUCAGCAACAUUGUGAGUAAAAGUGACAUAAAAGUUUUAGCAGAAGCGGAUGAGACAGAAUCAGUUCGAGAAAUACAAGAAUUUUAUGGAGACUUUAUACCAGUUGGGCCUCAUCUGUUUUCAUUAAAUAUAAUAGGCUGUUACCAAAGUCGUUCUUUGAGUGCCAAUCAUCUUCAGAGAUCAAUACAGGGUCUUAUUGCAAUUUUGUUGGCUUUGAAAAAAAUACCUGUUAUCAGGUAUCAGGAUUCAUCCGAAGCUGCUAGAAAAUUAGCUGAAGGUGUUAAGCAUACCAUUGCCAAGGAAAAUGCUCUUUUUGACUUCCGGAGACCGGACAUACCUCCUCUACUCUUGAUUCUGGAUCGAAAAUCUGAUGCAGUCACUCCACUCUUAAAUCAGUGGACGUACCAAGCUAUGGUUCACGAGUUGCUUGCAAUCAACAACAACAGAGUCAAUCUAUCCAAUGUUCCUGGAAUCAGUAAAGAACUUCAAGAAGUUGUUUUAUCCCCAGAACAUGAUGAAUUCUAUGCUUCUAAUUUAUAUUCAAAUUUUGGUGAAAUUGGUGUGAAAAUAAAAGAGUUAAUGGAUGAUUUCCAGAAAAAGACUAAGAGUCAGAAAAAAGUCGAAUCUAUUGCCGAUAUGAAAGCAUUUGUGGAAACGUACCCACAGUUUAAGAAAAUGUCUGGUACUGUUUCUAAACAUGUGACUUUAGUUGGGGAGCUCUCGAGAUUAGUUGGCAGCCACAGUCUCCUUGAAGUAUCAGAGGCAGAACAAGAGCUUGCUUGUGAAUCAGAUCAUGGAGAAUCUCUAAAGAAAAUCAGGAAGCUGCUCGGUGAUGAUAAAGUUAGAGAAAUUGAUGCCGUGAGACUUGUUAUGCUAUAUGCUCUUCAUUAUGAAAAAAAUAGUAAUAACGAUAUCAAUGGACUGAUUACUCUCUUAAAGAAAAGGAAUACAAAUGAAAAACUCGUUAAGAUGGUGCGAGCUCUUUUAGAAUUUAGUGGCAAUAAAAGUGGGCGUAAUGAUCUGUUUACAACUGAAAAUGUCAAAACAUUUACAAAAAGAGUUAUAAAAGGUUUGAAGGGUGUCGAAAAUAUAUACACUCAGCACACUCCACUACUUAAAGAAAUACUGGAUGAAAUUUUAAAAGGAAAAUUAAAAGAAACAUCCUAUCCAUACUUGAGUGGCACGCAACUCAGGGAAAAACCUCAAGAUAUAAUCGUGUUUUACAUUGGUGGUGUCACAUAUGAAGAAUCUUUUACUGUACAUCAGAUUAAUAAAAUGUGCCUGGGAGUCCGUGUUAUUCUUGGAGGAACUACCAUUCACAACUUCACCAGGUAUAGCAGACAUAAUUUUUCUUGCUUAGUCAAUUGUAUUGUAAAAACUGGGGGGUCAGGGAAUAAAGUGCUCGCCUCCCAAUGAAUUGAACCCGGUUUG